AUGGUUUCUCCAGCUAUCAGGGUCGCUCCUUCCGCGGCCAAUCGCGCCAUGAACUUGCUACGCACAGUACAAUACACCCACCCACCUAACUGCCCAUGCCACAAAAACCCCAACCACCACCACAACCACCAGCAGACGCCCUCUCUGCUGAACCAUGUCAAGCGUCGCAUGUCUACGCCCAUUGACCGCUCCCGCGAGAAGGAGUAUGCCUUUGAAAUGGCGGCGUCCAGCAUUCGCUUCGGCCCUGGCGCAACCCGGGAGGUCGGAAUGGACUUCACUAACCUCGGCGCCAAGCGUGUGUGCAUCGUCACCGACUCCAAUGUUGCCAAGCUUGAUGCUAUGAAGCAGGCUGUCGAAGGCCUUACUCGUGAGGGUAUUGAGUUCACUAUUUUCGAUAAAGUCCGCACUGAGCCGAAGGAUAGCUCUAUUAAGGAGGCUAUUGCUUUCGCCAAGCCCUACAACCCCGAUGCCUUCCUAGCUGUCGGCGGCGGCUCCGUAAUUGACACUGCCAAAUUGAUGAACCUAUACACCGUCUUCCCAGAGGCAGGCUUCCUAGACUUCGUCAACGCCCCCCUGGGCAAAGGCCUCCCAGUAGACCGGCCAUUGCGCCCCCUCGUCGCCGUCCCCACAACAGCAGGGACGGGCUCCGAGACAACCGGCACCGCCAUUUUCGACCUCGUCUCCAAGAAAGCCAAAACCGGCAUCGCCCACCGCAACCUGAAACCCACCCUCGGCAUCUGCGACCCCCUCAACACGCGCACCAUGCCCUCAGCCGUGCACGCCGCUUCCGGCCUGGACGUCCUCUGCCACUCCCUCGAAUCCUGGACCGCCAUCCCGUACAACGAGCGCACUCCCCGCCCAACAAACCCCAUCAACCGCCCCGCCUACCAGGGCGCAAACCCCAUCUCCGACAUCUUCUCCCUCGCCGCUCUGCGCGCAACGGUCAAGUACCUGCCCCGCGCCGUCCGCGACCCCGACGACCACGAAGCGCAGUCGGAGAUGCUCCUCGCCGCUACGCUUGCCGGUGUCGGCUUCGGUAAUGCCGGUGUUCACCUCUGCCACGGUAUGAGUUACCCGAUCUCCAGCCAGAACCCGGGCUAUAAGCAUGCCGGGUAUCAGGUUGAUCACCCGAUCAUUCCGCACGGUGUCUCAGUGGCUGUCACUGCGCCGGCUGUCUUCCGCUUCACCGCGGCGUCGAACCCGGACCGCCAUCUUGCGGCUGCGGAGGCGUUUGGGGUGGAUAUUUCGAGUGUUAAGCGCGAGAGUGCGGGUGAGGUGCUUGGUGCGGCUAUUGCUGAGUUCUUGGCUAAGCUGGGUGACCAGCCGCGGGGCUUGAAGGAUCUUGGUUUCAAGCCGGCGGAUGUGGAGGGCUUGGUUGAGGGGACUAUCCCGCAGCAGCGCGUGUUGAUGCUGGCGCCGAACUUGAGUAAGGAGUUGGAGGCUGAGAGGGGGAGUUGA